AAUGCAUAUCUAAAUACAUGUUUAUUAUUCCAUUAAUUUUUUUAAAACAAUGAAGAAACCUUUAUAUCUAUCAGAAAUUAUCUAUUUCAUUUUGUCCAUUGGAAACAUCAUACAACUUCUUCUACUUUAAAACCUGCCAAUUAUAACUAUAGUUUUGAUCUUAAUUGCUGUUGGCAUUUUAAUUAUUAAUCUUGCCAUCAAGAUUUAUUAUUACUCAACUGAUGAUUCAUCUAUUAUACUAUUGAUGCUUAACACAAUUACUAUAAUCAUCAGAAUCAUAGCCAUGGCUAAUAUUCAAUAAAUUAUCUAUUAAACAGAUAUGUAUUGUAUUUUAUUUUAUUAGUUUUUUUGAUUGCUUCACAUUUUCAUCAUACAAAACUCAAAUCAUAAGUUCAAAUUUAUCUCAGCAAUUACCUAUACAAUUCUUUAAGCCUUAUUGGAUUUGA